AUGGUAGAUUCAAUAAGUAGCAGUAACUCGGAACUCGAAGAUUUGUCGCAGGCGGACUCCUCACCAUUACCGCUAACUGUUAAAACCACCAUGAAUAACAAUAAGAAUAAUGAUAUCAUGGCUGCGAAAGGGGGAGCAGGGCUAGGAGGCACUUUACUUUGUAAAUGGGAACGUUGUAACUCUUCUUUCACAAGCUUAAUUGACCUGGUGGCUCAUUUACACGACGAACACGUCGGAAGAAAAAAAGCAGCAUAUACCUGUGAAUGGGCAGGGUGUCCACGAAAAAGCAAGACGCAAACUUCGCGAUUUGCACUUAUUACACAUUUACGGAGUCAUACUGGUGAAAAACCUUUUACUUGCGAAAUUAAAGGUUGUGAAAAGAAAUUCACACGACCAGAUUCAUUGACAAAGCAUAUGAAAAGUCAACACGAGGAUACAUCGGACAACAAAAAAAAGCGUAACAUGGAAGAAAUAUUUAAACAAAACCCCGAGACAUCACCGUACAUCAAUCAAAGUCAUAUAUACACCACUUCCUCUUCAAGCGGAAAUGAUGAAGGGGGAGAAAACAUUGUUGAUCACGAAGAAGAUGACCGUGACAAUGAUAGCGAGGAGGUGGAAUACGACGACGAACGAAAGGUUAACAACAACAAUAUUAUUACAACUGGUUCCUCGUCAUCCAGAGAAAGUAGCACGGCAAAUGUCCAUCAACAUCCAAAUCAACAUCAUGGUCAAGUCCAACAAAAAUCCUAUCACGAAAAAUAUUUGAUUCUCAAGGCGAAACAUCGUUACAUUCGUAGAGAGAAUGAAUUAUUGAUUGACGAAUAUCAGGCGAUCAAAAAGAAAUUGAAACGCCUUCGCACGGAAAAAGACAUUUUACUUGAUGCUACAAUGGAUUGGAAUACGAGGAAGAAGAGUUAUUUGAUGGUGAAAGUGGAAAUGGCGAUAAAAAGAACGCAUGAUAAAAAAUUAUCGGAUAAAUUACAAGUACAAGAGUGA